UCCAGCGCCCGCCCCCCUCCAGGCCCGCCCUCCCGCCCUCGUCCCAAAGUGGAUUAAUUAUACGCUUUCUGUUUCUCCUGCCGCUGUUCUCUCCCGCUGUGAGCCUGCCCGCCUCUCGCUGUCCCCUCUCCCUCUCGCCCUCUCUUCGGCCCCCCCCCUUUCACGUUCACUCUGUCUCUCUCACUAUCUCUGCCCCCCUCUGUCCUGCAUACAACAGCUGACCUCAUUUCCCGAUACCCUUUCCCCCCCCAAAACACAACAUCUGGCCCGCCCCAGCCCGCAGACAGCCCGUCCUCCCCAAACAAUCAGACGAGUCUCGCCCCCCCCCCAAAAAAAGCCAUCCCCCCGUUCUGCCCCGUCGCAUUUCGGCCCCCGCGACUCGGCCAGAGCGGCGCUGGCAGAGGAGUGCCCGGCAGGAGGGCCAACGCCCGCUGUUCGGUUCGCAAUACGCAGCAGGGAGGUGGGCGGCAGCGGUGUCGGCUCCCAGAUUCCAAUGGAGCUUCCGGUGGGGAAGUCGGUGCUGGUGCUGUUGACCUUCUUGGCUCUGGCCUCGUGCUGCUUUGCUGCUUACCGCCCCAGUGAGACCCUGUGUGGCGGGGAGCUGGUGGACACCCUCCAGUUCGUCUGUGGGGACCGCGGCUUUUACUUCAGCAGGCCAGCCAGCCGGGCGAGCCGCCGCAGCCGGGGCAUCCGAGGCAUCGUGGAAGAGUGCUGUUUCCGCAGCUGUGACCUGGCGCUCCUGGAGACCUACUGCGCCACCCCCGCCAAGUCCGAGAGGGACGUGUCGGCCCUUCCGACCGUGCUUCCGGACAACUUCCCCAGAUACCCCGUGGGCAAGUUUUUCCACUACGGCGCCUGGAUGCAGUCCGCCCAACGCCUGCGCAGGGGCCUGCCUGCCCUCCUGCGUGUCCGCCGGGGCCGAGUGCUGGCCAGGGAGCUGGAAGCCCUCAGGGAGGCCAAGCGUCACCGGCCCCUGAUCGCCCUGGCCACCCACGACCCAGCUGCCCGCGGGGGUGCCUCUCCAGAGGUGUCCAGCAAUCAGAAGUGAGCCAAACGGUCGUGAUUCUGCGUAAUGGCCCCCGCUCUUCCUGCAGCCCCCUCCACCGGCGGCCUCACCACCAGGCCCUCUGAAGCCUCUGCGUCGUCCCCUGCCCGGCGCGCCCCCUGCCCCGCCCCCGUGCCCCGACCUCCCCACGUCAGGCUGCUCUGCUCGGCCCCUCCACCGGCCGAGAGUCGCGUCCCAACAGCUUCCAAAAUGCGCAAAACCAAUUGGCUGUAAACACCCCCAAAUUAUU